AUGGAAAUAUGGCAACUUGUGGCUCGGCAUGGAAUGGCACGGCAUCUAGACAAACUAGUCUCACGCCAUGAAUGUACACAUGCAAAUGGGACGAACGGGGCAGAACCACGGCAUUGGCUCACGGUGGAGGAGAGGACAGCGCCUCAGAGCAUUGGCUCACGGUGGAGGAGAGGACAGCGCCUCAGAGCAUUGGCUCACGGUGGAGGAGAGGACAGCGCCUCAGAGCAUUGGCUCACGGUGGAGGAGAGGACAGCGCCUCAGAGCAUUGGCUCACGGUGGAGGAGAGGACAGCGCCUCAGAGCAUUGGCUCACGGUGGAGGAGAGGACAGCGCCUCAGAGCAUUGGCUCACGGUGGAGGAGAGGACAGCGCCUCAGAGCAUUGGCUCACGGUGGAGGAGAGGACAGCGCCUCAGAGCAUUGGCUCACGGUGGAGGAGAGGACAGCGCCUCAGAGCAUUGGCUCACGGUGGAGGAGAGGACAGCGCCUCAGAGCAUUGGCUCACGGUGGAGGAGAGGACAGCGCCUCAGAGCAUUGGCUCACGGUGGAGGAGAGGACAGCGCCUCAGAGCAUUGGCUCACGGUGGAGGAGAGGACAGCGCCUCAGAGCAUUGGCUCACGGUGGAGGAGAGGACAGCGCCUCAGAGCAUUGGCUCACGGUGGAGGAGAGGACAGCGCCUCAGAGCAUUGGCUCACGGUGGAGGAGAGGACAGCGCCUCAGAGCAUUGGCUCACGGUGGAGGAGAGGACAGCGCCUCAGAGCAUUGGCUCACGGUGGAGGAGAGGACAGCGCCUCAGAGCAUUGGCUCACGGUGGAGGAGAGGACAGCGCCUCAGAGCAUUGGCUCACGGUGGAGGAGAGGACAGCGCCUCAGAGCAUUGGCUCACGGUGGAGGAGAGGACAGCGCCUCAGAGCAUUGGCUCACGGUGGAGGAGAGGACAGCGCCUCAGAGCAUUGGCUCACGGUGGAGGAGAGGACAGCGCCUCAGAGCAUUGGCUCACGGUGGAGGAGAGGACAGCGCCUCAGAGCAUUGGCUCACGGUGGAGGAGAGGACAGCGCCUCAGAGCAUUGGCUCACGGUGGAGGAGAGGACAGCGCCUCAGAGCAUUGGCUCACGGUGGAGGAGAGGACAGCGCCUCAGAGCAUUGGCUCACGGUGGAGGAGAGGACAGCGCCUCAGAGCAUUGGCUCACGGUGGAGGAGAGGACAGCGCCUCAGAGCAUUGGCUCACGGUGGAGGAGAGGACAGCGCCUCAGAGCAUUGGCUCACGGUGGAGGAGCCUCUUGCUAGUGACAGCAGUGCAGAGCAGAGGCCACACGGAGUUGUGCAGCGUGUUGUUCUCACCAUGUUGCACCCUGGCGCUGAGCGGAAUAUGCUGGUGGAAGCACAGCAGCAGGUGGCGGAGGAUGAUGUGCCGGAUGGGGCCGGGUUUUGA